CAGUGAAAACAGAAGUUUGAGGCUUAGAACGGCUCGCCGUCAAAAUUGAGGUGCAUCUGUGUAGCAAAAGACGGUGACAUUUGGUAGGUGGUCUCAUCGGCGACUUGAACUUGCUCCUGCGACUGCGUGUAUCGUAACACCAAAGAUGCAAAUGCAAGUCAUUGACGGUGUAGCCUCAACAGUAUAAGGAACUCCCCUUCAACCCUUAAUUCCUCGCAGAUCCAAUCGAAUUCCAAGACAACAAGCUCCGUUGCAGUAAAAUUCUCACAUACCCAGAUAUGUCAGCUCUUUUUAACUUCCAUUCUUUUCUGACGGUGGUGCUGCUGGUGAUUUGUGCCUGCACCUUUCUGAAGAUGCAGUUUCCCGCCAUCCUCGAACAGAAAACUGGGUUUCGGGGAUUCUUUUGGAAGGCUGCUAGAAUAGGUGAACGUUUAAGCCCUUGGGUGGCUGCGGGAUGUUUUACAAUGGGUGUGUCAAUUCUGUUCUUCUGAAAAGGGUUUUCUUUGCAAAAUUUGAAGCAGUUCUAUCUCUUUGUUUAUCACCCUGGGGUCCUAUUAGAUUAUGCAAUCAUGACUGAGACUCAAUCUAACUUCGAAAUGGUUUCAGCUUAGUCUGUGCUUUAUCUGGGUCUUGCAGCUCAGCCUGAAUGUCCAUUUUCCUUCUGGGCAGGGUAAAAAAUCUGCUGCCAUCAUUCACUUGUUACUUGCACCAAGCAUUGUAUCCAUUUGUUGGUAAUAACAUCUAUUCUUUGUAAAGGCUUUCUUUGAUGGAAAAAAGAAGCUAUUUGGCACGUGUAGUUUGUUUUUUUUUGUUUUUCUCCCGCGUCGUAGUCCUGAUCAACCCAUUCUAGAACGUUGAAGAGAAUCCAUGUGGUUCCAACAAUGGAAUGCAUGUGGUCCUUAAUG